AUGCCCAUCCAAUCUCCUCCAUCAGAACAGCGAUCUCAUUCCGAUGAAGCGACACGCCCUCAAGACGCUUGUGACCCCUCUCACCCACACGGGCCCUCUUUCCAGAACCCCACGAAGAUAGGCAAAUUCCGAUCAAAAGCCAAAAAGCAUCAUCUCAAGCUCCUUGGUCCAGUCAAAGUCAGCCCCACUACUACACCAUCUACUACAUCAUCCACGGAAAUCCCAUUCCUCCUUCGUCUUCCGGGAGAAAUUCGCAAUCUCAUCUACUCUUACGCUCUAACUUCGCCUACCUCGUCACUCAUCUACAACGCAUCGGAAAUGCGUUUCCCACUUCAUGACAUCGGAUUCGGUCUCAUGUCAUCGUGCCAUGCGUUGGCGCUUGAGACACAGUAUCAGCAUUUUAAGCUGAAUAGAUUGGUUUUCGUAGUCAACCAAGGCACUAUUGGGAAUAUUUGGGACUAUAUUACUGUCAUGAAGAACCUGGGCCGGCUAGCUGAUGCAAAGGGUUGGGCGAUACACGUGGAGUUCAGAUUCUCAGAUGCAAGCAUAAUUUUGCGAGUUAGAUCAUCUAGCGUGGAUUUACAGGAGUAUGUUCGUGUUAUUCCAUAG